AUGAGCAAUCCUUCAAAUCAUGCUAUCGUCUAUGGUGCAUCCGGCCUGAUUGGCUGGGCUCUAGUAAACGAGCUUUUGGGUCCUUAUCCUCACACUGGCUCAUUCUCAAGAGUCACGGCAGUGACUAACCGCCCAUUGAAAUCUGAUACUUACUGGCCAAAGUCAGACUCGCAACGGCCAUUUUUACAACUUGUGUCGGGUAUUGAUCUUUGCAACGGUGACGAGACUGCAUUUGCAAAUAUCAGAGAGAUUGAAACAGUCACACAUGUUUUCUACUUUGUAUUUACGGCAGUUGAGGAUGAUAUAGCAGAAGUUGCUACCAACAGGAAGAUGUUCGAGAGUGUGAUAAACGCCCACAACCUGCUCAGUCCCAACUUACAGUUUGUGGUGUUUGCAGGUGGAACGCGGGGAUACGGAAUAUAUGCUCCUGGGGGUACAUUUACACCUCCUCUACACGAAGAAAUGGUGAACAACUUACCCCCCGAACAAGACAAGACGGUCGUAUACCCAGCGUAUAGGAAGCUUCUUAAUGAAGCAUGCCAAGGGGGUAAGUGGACAUGGUGCGAAAUCUGUCCAGAUAUGAUUGUUGGCUUCACUCCCAACGGGUCUCAAUAUAGUCUUGCUUUGCAUUGGGCUCAGUACCUGUCCCUAUAUGCAUACAAGCAUAACAUAGGACCUGAAGUACAGGAGUCUGGAACAUAUCCUGCCGAAGUACCCUUUCCUGGCAACAUUGUUUGCGCAAAUUCGCUUUUCUCGCCGGUCUCUAGCGGGAAACUAGCACGUUUUGCAAUCUAUGCAUCCCUCCAUCCUGAGGUUUGUGGUGGGGGAAUGCUAUUUAAUAUAGCCGACAGUGAUGUACCUUCUACAUACGGCGAACUCUGGCCUCGACUUGCAGCUUGGUUUGGUCUUGUGGGCGUAGGGCCCACCGAGGCGGCCGAACAUAACACUUUAAAGGCUGGCGAGCUUCCAGAAGAUCGGUCUAUGACUCCCGGGGAGUAUAUCACAAAGUAUAGAGAUAUUUUCUCUCAGCAUGGGCGUUCCAAUGCUCUGAGUGGGGGGUGUGGGGGCUAUUGGCUUAGCUUCGAUCGUCAACUCAGCCUGGAAAGACUGAGGGAAACAGGGUUUAUAGACAAUCGAGAGUCGGCUCAGGGAUGGCUGAACAGCUUUGAGAUGUUCAGACAGGCCGGGCUCAUUCUCUAA